ACGAGAUGAGCAGCGCCGGAGCCGCCGCUGCAAGAUGCUGGAUGGACACGUCCUGCUGGGAUGGCUCGGCUCCUGCGCGCUCCUAGGGCUGCUCGCCUGCGCUCCGCGCCCGGCCCACGCCUACUUCGGGCUGACGGGGAACGAACCCCUGACCAUCCUCCCUCUGACCUCAGAAAUGGAGGAAGCUGCCGUCAAAGCCCACUACAAAGUCUGUGACCGCCUGAAGCUGGAGAAGAAGCAGCGCAGGAUGUGCCGGCGGGACCCCGGCGUGGCUGAGACCCUGAUGGAGGCGAUCAGUAUGAGCGCAUUGGAGUGUCAAUACCAGUUUCGCUUUGAACGCUGGAACUGCACCCUUGAGGGUCGCUACAGGGCCAGCUUGCUAAAGAGAGGUUUUAAGGAGACAGCUUUCUUGUACGCCAUCUCCUCUGCGGGGCUGACACAUGCCAUGGCCAAGGCGUGCAGUGCGGGGAGAAUGGAGCGUUGCACCUGUGACGAGGCACCUGAUCUGGAGAACCGUGAGGCUUGGCAGUGGGGUGGCUGCGGUGACAACCUGAAAUAUAGCAACAAGUUUGUCAAGGAGUUCCUGGGGAGGAAACCCAACAAGGACCUGCGAGCCAGGGUGGACUUCCACAAUAACCUUGUGGGCAUGAAGGUCAUCAAAGCUGGAGUGGAGACAACCUGUAAAUGCCAUGGAGUAUCUGGAUCCUGUACUGUCCGAACAUGCUGGAGGCAGCUCUCUCCAUUCCAUGAAAUAGGGAAGCAGCUGAAGCAGAAGUACGAGACAUCGCUGAAAGUGGGCAGCACUACCAAUGAGGCUACAGGGGAAGGAGACAUCUCCCCACCCAAGAAGUCCAUCCCUGGUCACAGUGAUCAAAUCCCAAGGACUACGGAUCUUGUCUACAUUGACGAUUCCCCAAGUUUCUGUAUGAUGAGUAGAUACUCACCUGGGACUUCGGGAAGGAAAUGUUACAAAGACAAGAACUGUGACAGCAUCUGCUGUGGGCGAGGGCACAAUACACAAAGCCGGGUGGUCACCCGUCCAUGCCAGUGCCAGGUCCGUUGGUGCUGCUAUGUGGAAUGCAAGCAAUGCACCCAGAGAGAAGAGGUUUACACCUGCAAAGACUGACGCAUUUUCUGCUUGAUGGCAACCCUCGGUGAUGGGCAAUGGAGAUCUAUGAGAACUACAUAUGGAGACAAACAGGGUUUGAUUGACCUUCUGGUAUCUGAAAGCUAUGUUAAGACAUAAGCACUUUGUAGGGUACAGGUGACCCAGCUGUGUUGCUGUUUUGUUUUUGUUUUUGUUUUUUUUUGUUUUGUUUUAUUUUCAUGUAGACUGAAUUUUAAUGAGGUCCAACCAUGUGGAAAUACGUGCCUGUCACACUGGGGUUAGACACCAGCUGACCUUCACCUUAGUCAUCCAUGCAGUUUGAUGGACCAUUUGUCCUUGGAACAUCUUAAUCAUUUCACCAAUUCUCCAUUAACUCCUGGGCUAAUAUAUUCUUUUUGGCAUAAAUAACCUUUACGACUUUAUUCCUGAGGCUUACCCAACUGUUUAGAGAGCUAAGGAGAUAAGAAAGAACAAUCUUUCUGCUUUGAAUGAGAUGGUAUGGGGAGUGGUCAAUUUUUGGUUUUCAUCUCUAAAACUGGAGAGAAGUGCAUAGGGUAAGCAGGAACAGCCCUAAUAGUUCCUCUAGUGGAGUUUCUGCACAAUGAGCAAACAAGGCUCUGACAAAGAGACCCACUGGGAGGGUAAGCUUUUUAACGACAACUCCAUAUCCACAUGCUUUGAUCAUUAAAUACAGCUCAAAAAAUGUUGGGUCCACCAUGUUGCAGACAGAAAUAUAUUCAAGAAAGAGGUUGGGAAGACAAUAGAAAACCAGACGUGCCUGUCCCCUUCAGUCCAUCAAAUGUUCUUUUUUAAAGCAAUUUCUUGACAUGCAGUUUCUUUAGCACUAUUACUGUCUUAAUUGUUUGUUUGUGUUUUUUUUUAAAAAAAAAAACCACUAGAUACUUUUGUUUUAUUUUCACUUUGCGCAUGAUUUAUUUUUCUCUCCUCUUCCCACCUCUCAUUGAUCAAAUUCACCCUGUGGUAACUACUUCAGAAAUCUGAACUGGAACUUUUUAGUUCUUAUGCCAGCUUAUGCCAGAAUUUGGACGUGCAUUUCUGAGUAGGACAAGAGAAAUUCCAGUGCAUGUUGGAACACAGUGCUGCCUUGCAUUGUAAAGCAGCUAUUUUGGACUAGAUCAGACCUCUGGAGGAGUUGACUUUUCUCUCAGUAGGUCAUCAUUCCAUUUGCUCUAAACCAUGGCAGUGGUACAUGACACAAGCUGUAUGUAAACCGUAUGACCUUAAGAUUUUUUUUUUUAACCACUAGAUCGAGAACUGUAUUUUAAAAAUGCAACUGCUAAAUAGUAAGCAACUAUUGGAUUUGGAACAACCAAUCGAUGUAGAGACAAACUAUCAAAUGGCCAGAGAAGCCAGAAAUUGACUGCAGUGGUAGAUCGCUCUGAUGUUGUGAAAUAGAGGACAACCUUCAGCAUUUCUUUUUACCUUUGAAGGGGGUACUUAUAAUCCAGGACUUGAUGUGGCAAUAUCCUUCAGUCAUAUAAAAGUGGAUUGUAAGCAGCCAGUGAAUGCCUCAACAAAGCUUUCUAAGGAAAUACUGGAGAGCGGCGGGCAUUUUAUUUUAUUUUUGGUAGCAAUUUUUGAUUGUUCAGUAGUAGCAAUUUCCAUCUAUUUUGUAUAAGCCAUUGUUCUGGUUCUCAAAGGAGGAAAGCUGGCUGGAGUUUUUCAAGAAGUAAUAGAUGUUAGCCAAGCAAAAAAGAGAGCAGUUUUCCAAGAUGGACCAUUAUUUUUUAAGGUGUUUUUCUUUUCUACCUUUAUUUUUUUCUUUUUUUUUUUUCCUUCCCACCUCUCCCCCCAAAUAAUAGCCACUAAUAUUUAAGCUGUUCAUGUGCAUCUACUGGGAGGAGAAAAGAUAUAUAUUUUUUUUUUCUUGGUAAUAAAUACCUGUAGUCCAGCCUGGCUUGUUGGCAUCAAAUCUUGAGGUGGAGGCAUGGGGAGGGGCAGGAUGUUACUGUUAAUAGUGCUAUGGUCCUGCGAGGUGAAGCAUACUGUCCCCUUUUUUUGAUAUUUGCUGUACAAUUCUGGAGGUUGGGGUGGUGCUGGAGAAGGAAGACUCCACACACAGUGUUUAUCCUUUCCACCACAGCAAAGGUGCGGUGGUACAUUCUGCGCAGGAAGGUCUCGUAGCUUCUGGGAGAUGCACCGCUUUGAAAUUCACCCAUGAGCAGUUUGUCUAAUGGUUUAAAAAAUAAACUGACUAGAAACCUAUUAUUCACUGUGUGCAUGUGUGUAUAUGUAUAUAUACACACACGCUGACACAUAAAUAUAUAUGUAUAAAUAUUGAACUAACAUUUAUUUAUUGUAAAGCCCUUCAGAAGGACCUUCUUAUGGUUUCAAUGUGGUAUUAUGUUAAAUUCUCUUUCUUCCUCUGUCUCUGUCUCUCUCUCUCACACAUAUGUGCAAACUCACUGUUACAUUUUUAUGUGUCUGCUAGAUUAGCUCUUCCCCUCCAAAGUAAGGCCGGAUCCAAACCUGCUCAGGAUAUGAGGAUUUUUGGGUCUGAAUUAAUAUUUCUAGCCCCAUUCUUUUUAAAAAAAAAAAAACUUGUUCUUAAGUAGAGAAUGGGACCCAAUUUAUGUGCAUUAUUAUUAUUAUUAAUUAUUAUUAUUGUUGUUAUAUUUAAACCAUGGGCCUCAUUUUCCUCCUUUUCACUGGUGUCUCUGUCUCCAUUGACCUCGCUGGAGUAAGUCCACAUUGCACUGGUGUGAGAGGAGAAUGAGUCCCUAGAUGCAGAAGAGAGGGCGGUGGUGGCAUCGAUAUCAUUGCAGAGAAAAUGCCUGGGUCAGAUGGGAUAGGGGUAGCUUGGUGUGUUUGGCAGUGGGAGGAGAGAGAGAGAGAGAGAGAGAGAGAGAGAGAGAGAUGGGUGGGCAAUAAGGCAGACUGUCAAAGCUUGACUAGAAGAAAGAGGCAAAGAGUGAAUGAACUACUGAGUGAAAGAGCUCUUCUGUGUAUUAUAACUCACGCACUGAAGCCUGGAUGCUUUCUGUAAGUAUUUAAGAAAAAAAAAAAAAAAGAAAAACACACAAAAAACAAAUUGUAUUUAUGUUAAUGUGGAUAUAUUACUUGCCUGUUAUAUAUUGUAAAUAGCAAGGUUUAUUCUCCUGUGGUUAAAAAAAAUAUAAAUAACUAAAUAGUAGCGAGGCACAUGUGUUAAAUGUAUAGGCAGUGUAUAAAAUAUACUAACACUCUGAAAUCAGGAGAACUUGUCUUCUUGACCUUUUGACCUAGGGUGGUAAAAUGUAUGUGGGUUUUCUUCUGCCCCUCCACCACAUUGUGUGUGUUUUGGGUGCGUGGGGGUAUUUAGAUCCAGCAUUUUCCAAUGUUUGCCUUAUCUUUGAAGAAAGAAUAGGGGGAAAAAGCCUCGUUUUGGAAAAAUUCAGUGGAGCUUGAGUAGGAUAAAACAACCUGAAUGACCUGAUCUAGUUGAAGAUGACUCAGCUCACUGUGCAGGGAUUGGACUAGAUGACUGUCAAUGUCCCUUCCAACCCAAAAUAUUCUAUGAUUCUAAGUAGCAGCUGGUAGAAAAGAUGUCAAACUCUCAAAUGCUUGAGCUGGGUUUUCUGCUGGUGAUAGAUGCAUGUUGGAAUUGAAUUAACCCAUGGAGCAGGAGCUUCUGCUUUUGCUACUCCAUACACAAGUUCAGAAAACCCUAGAUAAGAGACCCUGAAGUCCUCUAUAAAACAUUGAUAAGCAUCCUGUAGAACCCUUUUUGUUCCAGCUUUAUGAAACUGGAUUUUUCCAGAGAGGCUAAUUCUACCACCACACCAUUGGAUCUCCAGUGCAAUUCAAUGAAAUUGCUUGUUUUUGUAAAACUACUACAAGAGUGGAUUUGGGUACCUGAAUCCUUCAUGGUGUCAUUUCAUAUUAAAACCAAAAAGUGCGAAGCAACUUUUUUCCCUUUUUCUUCCCCUCAGAGGAACAGUUUUUUUGCAGCAGACGUAACUGGAGAAGGAUGGAUAGGUGUAGGGGAGGUCUCUGGUUUUGGAUCCCCCUUUUGCCCCCUGUUCCCCCCAAAAGUGUCAAAGUGUUGGUUCUCCUAAGCUGAUCCAGCAAGACUUGUGAGAUCAGUUUUGGAGUGGUGGGGGGGUGCAACCAUUAUUUAUAUAACUUUUUUAUUAAUUUUUUUAAAAGAGAAGUUAGCUGAUGGAAGAAUAUUUUUAUUGAAUAGUGCAUUUAGUUAUGUCAGAAAUAUAAAAAAUAUAUAUAAUAUUUUUGUAAACAAGGCAAACUGAAAAUGUUUGCUGUUUUAUAUUAGAAUUUUCUAUUAAAAGAAAUAAAACCCCACACAAAUAAUUGUUGCACCCGUCAUCUGUUUUUUUAACAAGCUUCUUUUCUGUGUGACUGACUCAUAUAUGCCGGAUGUAGAGACAUGCAAAACUAGUCCUAAACAUUAUGUUCUCAUUGUCUUCCAGCUCUCAAAAAAUUUCCAAUUGGUGGAACAAUGUUUAAUCUAACAGACUUUUUUCUAUUAUUAUACCUGACAGUAAAAAUUACUUAUGAAGAAUCAGUAACUUGUAAUAAAAAUCAAAGAACCUACCCUGAAACCUCAAGCUUACCCUUUUCAAUUGUGCAUCCUGGUCUUGAGAUGGUUCUGGAUGGAAGAAAUCCAGAACAUAUUUACAAUACCUAGAUAUUUGUCAUUGAUCUCAGUUGGCAUGGGAAGAAUGACUCUUAAAAAGAUUUUUGGGAACAAGAAAAUAAUCCGAGUACAUGGGAAGGUUACAUGAAGAGGACCAAAUUCCAGGCUUGAUCUACCAAAGUCAAGUUUAAACUAAUUGAAUGGGGCAUUGUAAAAUUAUGGAGCUAGGAACUUGGUCUGCUGUGGUUUAGGGAGCUUGUCAUUCAUUUUGAGAACAGGGGGGAUGUGUUAUGGACCAUCUCUUUUCAAAAGAGCUUUUGGGGUUGCUGGUUUGAAGACCUGAGCAGGGGUGAAAUAAUUUCUGAGGAUUUUUUGUGGUCAGCCAGCUCGUACACAUCUACUUUCCUUCAGCCUAAUUCUUGAAUUUGGUUGUUAAUCAUUUUUUCAGCUGCCCUAUUUUAGCCAACACACGAGGAGAAAAUGAUGUUGGUUGGACUGUAGUAGAGUUGGAUGAGAACUCAGAUGAAGGGACAGAUUUCUCAAGAGUACUUUCAUGGAGCAGGUACUGCUUCAGGUAAUUUUCUGGUGCAUUAUAGUGCCUGUGAAAAAUUCCUCAGUUGUUUCUGCAGUAAAAUUGGGUCAGUUCUAUGCUUGAUAAAAUAAAUGCAGCAAAGCUCUUUGUUCCUAGCUAUUUAGCUCUGUGGUGAGUCUGGCUUCCAUGGCUUUCAGUUUUCAGGAUGCUAACUAGGAGAUUACUUUUGGAGAGCAAAAUUCUCCUGCAAAAGAAAUAGUGCCUUUUAUGACCGUUAACUUGAAGGAGGCGCAGUAUGGCACAAGAUCAGGCCAGUGGAAAUCUGGUCAUUGCUGAAGGAGUUAAGUCUUACGGCCAUGGUUGUUACCAUUGAAUAACUUUUAAAUCUAUUUUUCACUGAUGAGCAUUGGAUUUGACCAAGCUAUUUACACAUUGCAGGAAACAAUAUUUCUGAGGAAAAAGAAAAGGGGAAAUCUCUUGUAUUAGUGGGUGGGUAGGAAAAGCUGACAAGAGAAGGGGAUAAAAUCAUAGAUAUGCAGCUUAAUAGAGGUGGUGAUGAAUUCAGGACUAAGGAAGGCUCUGUGUGGAUAACCCUGCCACAUCCCCUUGGGCAUAGAUCCAUCUGAAACAGUGAUCAUGAAACUAGCACUAGAAUUUCACCUCGUUCCACCCUGCCUCUCUAACAAUUCUCUUUGAGGCCUGAAUGUAAAGUUUAGGAUUUGUUUUGCACACUUGGGAUGGCAUUUCCUUUUAAAGGGAGGUGGGAAUACUAACAUGAAGGACUAGUAUUUUUCUUUUUUUUUCCUUUCCAAUGUCUUAUGGGAGCCUAAGUUAUUUUUCUCUACCUCAUAUGUACAGCUUGUAGGUAUAAAUCUGAUUCUGAGUGACUGUUGAGAAUGUAUUUAAGUUAUUUAACAUCUUUGUAUAACAAAAAAA